GGCAGGACAGGACAGGGCAGAGCAGGUCAGGGCGAUGGCGCUCCAGGCUCGGGCUCUGUACGACUUCCAGAGCGAGAAUGUGGGGGAGAUCUCGGUGCGGGAGGAUGAGAUGCUGACCGUGUACAGCGAGCACGACAUCGAGGGCUGGCUGGAGGGAACCAACAGCCGCGGCGAGCGGGGCCUCUUCCCGGCCUCUUAUGUGCAGAUCCUGCGGGGCAGCGGUGGUGGUGGUGAUGCAGAGCCUCCCGCCUCCCGUUACGCCAACGUCCCCGGCGGCAGCGGCGGCGGCUACGACCCCCCGGCGCCCCAGGCCCAGGCCCAGGCCCAGCCCCCCGGCGGCUUCGCGCUGCCCCCCCUCCCCGUCGCCAGCACCUUCUGCCCGCCACCGCCGCUGGUGCAGCCGGGGGGCGGCCUGGGGGGGCUCCAGCAGCAUCUACAGCAGCAACAACAACAACAACAGCAACAACAGGCGGCCGGCAGCGGCGACGACGACGACUGGGACGAUGACUGGGACGACAACUCGACGGUGGCGGACGAGCCGCUGGCGGGGGCGGCCAUGGCGGGGGGAGGAGGAGGAUACUCGGAUUUCGACGGGACGGGCCGCUACAAAGUGAGUGUGGGGAGCGGCGGGAGAGCAGCCUCUGGCUCCGUCUCGUCCGCAGCCUCGGCCAAGAGCACGGCCACGGUGGGCAGGAACCUCAACCGCUUCUCCACCUUCGUCAAGUCGGGCGGCGAGGCCUUCAUCCUGGGCGAGGCGGCCGGCUUCGUCAAGGAUGGCGACAAGAUCUGUGUGGUGCUGGGCCCGCACGGCCCCGAGUGGCAGGAGAACCCUUACCCCUUCUCCUGCUCCAUCGACGAGCCCACCAAGCAGACCAAGUUCAAGGGCAUCAAGAGCUACAUCUCCUACCGCCUGGUACCCAGCCACACCCAGAGCCAGGUCAACCGACGCUACAAACACUUCGACUGGUUGUACGGGCGGCUGGUGGAGAAGUUCCCCGUCAUCUCCGUGCCCCACAUCCCCGAGAAACAAGCCACCGGCCGCUUCGAGGAGGACUUCAUCUCCAAGCGCAAGAAGGGGCUGAUCCUGUGGAUGAACCACAUGACGAGCCACCCGGUGCUCGCCCGCUGCGACGUCUUCCAGCACUUCCUCACCUGCAACGACGAGAAGGCUUGGAAACAGGGCAAGCGCAAAGCCGAGAAGGAUGAGAUGGUGGGCGCCAACUUCUUCCUCACCCUCAGCACUCCGCCCACCCCCCUGGACCUGCAGGAGGUGGAGAGCAGGGUGGACGGCUUCAAAACGUUCACCAAAAGGAUGGACGAGAGCGUGUUCCAGUUGAGUCACACUGCCAACGAGUUUGCCAGGAAGCAGGUGGUCGGCUUCAAGAAAGAGUACCAGAAAGUCGGCACCUCUUUCCGAUUGCUCAGCCAAGCUUUCGAAAUGGACCAGCAGACCUUCUCGGUUGGACUCAAUCGUGCCAUCGCAUUUACUGGCGACGCGUACGAUGCUAUAGGAGAACUUUUUGCAGAACAGCCUAAACAAGAUAUAGAUCCUAUUGUGGACUUACUAGGCCUUUACCAGGGCCACCUGACCAACUUUCCUGAUAUUAUCCACGUCCAGAAAGGUGCUCUCACCAAAGUAAAGGAGAGUAACCGACAUGUGGAAGAAGGGAAGAUGGAGCUACAUCAGGCAGACGGGGUCCGUGAUCGUUGUGACACUAUUUCCUUCGCCACGUUAGCAGAAAUCCACCAUUUUCACACUAUUCGUGUAUCAGACUUCAAGACACAAAUGCAGCAUUUUCUUAAGCAGCAGAUUCAUUUUUACCAGAAGGUGACUCAAAAAUUGGAGGAAGCCUUGCAAAAGUAUGAUGGUGUUUAAAUUCUGAAAGUCUGAUCCAUUCUUUCGUGGCCUUUUACACCUAAACAAUGCAGGUGACCCGCAGGUGGUCAAAACGUUCAUGGAUUAGCCCUGAUGUUGAUUACAUUGAGCUUCUGAUUUGGGUGAUCUGGCAUCAAAGUUUGUUGAGCAAUCUUUUGUAUAAAAAGAAACACAUGGAGUUCAAUUCCUGGCAAUUUAUUCCAAAUUGUGUGGGAAAAGGAACUGGGAGGAAAACUAUUGGAAUGUUAUGUACUGUAUGCUUACACUACCAUACUAACUUUGUUCUGCAAAAUGCAGUAUGUGUAUACUAUCUAAAUGUUUUGCUUUAUUUAACAAAGCUAUCCGGGAUAUUAUUAGACCCAAAAUCCUGUGCAUGAUCCAAAAACAGGACGGGCGGGUGGAUGAAUGCAUUAAAUAUGUUCUCCAUAUGGCCUGUUCUAACUGCUGAGGAAGCCAAUAGACUUUUUGGUUUGUUCUGUAAUGAAACGUAAGGGUUAACACAUUGAUGGAUUCCAGCCACAGCAACUAUGCACUCAUGUGCCUUUUGAGUCAUGUGUCUUCUGUAGUUUUAAUAAAUGCUUCUGUUGAAGGCAGAGGAUAUCAUGAAUGUCCUCUACUUGAAUUGCUCCAGGGAAUGAAGAAAAUGAUCCUGACCUUGACUUGUCAGGGAAGGAAGACCGCAUCACUCUGGGUUGAUGGCAAUCACAGUAAAUACUAAUGAAGUUUCACUCAGGAAAGCAGGGGAUGCUAUUUAUUUAUUAACACAACUAUAAUGCUGGCAUGAAUGGCCUGCAGGCUUCAGAGUGACUUAUCCACAUUGAUUGGAAAUCUCCAAGUUAUCAACAGUUGGGGAGGACUUUAUUUACAUUGUGAAAGUAUGUGGGAGCAUUCUUUUUUUUAUUUUCCUCAACAUCUUAUGUCUGUGGAUGUCUUGGGCUAACAGAAUAUUGGGAUAUUUGACUACAAUAAUUUCAAAUUGAUGGGAAUUUCACAAAGAAUUAAAAGUAAUAACGGAAAAAUUACUUUACCAGCUGGAGUUUUCUAAAUUCCAAAAUGAGAAUGAAAGAAAAUUAAAUUUAUUUUUAAAUAAAUAUACACAGAAAUUGAAACCCCUGUUUUUGACAAAUCAAUGAAACCAAUCCAUUCUGCCUUAUCUCUCCCUUAUUCUACACCUCCCCUGCCUGGGUUGUCUACAAUGCCUUGUGUGUAGCGCAUAUACUGACAAAUUGUAAUGUGUUGCUUGGUGGGAGUUGUUGCAAUCCAUUGUAUCCUUUGAAUAUAGUAGCUGACAAGGAGUUAUUGUAAGCUGUUCUGGGCAGAACAACCAAAGAAGAGGCAGUUUUUUGAGACUAUCUUUCAUCUGGAAAUGAAGGUAUUAUAUUUCAUACGAAUAUGUUAAAAUUGCACCAAAUCGUAAAAGAUUUGAGAAUCAACUAAAAUUAUUAAUUUAAUUUGGCAAUCAACUGCGCUGAAAUAGCAUUACUGGUCAAUGUACAGUUAUUGCAGUGUCAUUGGCUAAAGGAAAACUUACUGAAGAACUUUUGUGCUACUGGUCAAAAUGUCACAUUAUGUAAUGAUCCUUUUAGUCAACUGGUGCUUUGCUGCAGUGCACACUAAAUAGCCAUAAAGUGUUUUUACAGAGGAUAUGUGUGGGAAACCCGAGGAUCUGAAGAUGUUUACAGCUUUUUGUAUUACUUGUCAUGGUUCCUCAUCUGCGACAGUUUGAAUACCACAAUCUGUAAUAAAGUGAUGGUUCAUUCAUAAAAAUUGUAACAAUGUCAGACUUUCUGUGAAAGUACAGUUUAUACAAAUCAGCACAGUUAAAAGCGAUUUCAUUGUAUGCAAUAUAAUAGAUUAAAAAAGAUUACCAUAA